AUGAAAAAUGGAGAAUAUGUUCCCCGUGAUUGGCUUGUUUGGAGCAAAGUUAAACAAUCGAUAUUUUGUUUUCCUUGUCGCCUUUUUAGCAAACUACCAACAGCAAAUCGCUCACGUUUAACAACUAUAUCUGAGUAUCGUUUUCAAAGAAAAUGGAAAAAAUUACAUGACAAAAUUCCAGAGCAUCAAAACAGCAGCAACCAUAAAUAUUGUUAUAUUAAAUGGCGGCUAUUGGAAAAAAGUAUUGACUCUAAUUCCACUGUCGGUAUUAUGCUGCUGCAGAACAUUAAGAAUCAAGCAUCACACUGGAAACAGGUUCUUCGCCGAAUUUUAGAUGUCACAUUGUUUCUAGCCAAUCGAGGUUUGGGAUUUAGAAGAACAAACUUUAUUCUAAGUGAACGAGAAGUAGCAAAAUAUUACUCAAUACUUGUUGAUGCAACCCCUGAUUCAGCACAUAUGGAACAUACUGUAUUUAUAUUGCGUUAUGUUUAUUUAAAUGAAGAAAAUAGUCUCUACAAAGUUCAAGAGCGAUUUCUAGAGUUUGUUGAAUGCAAUCAAAAAACGGGGAAAGCCAUUGCUAAAUUAAUUUGCAGUGUUAUGAAAAAACACAAUAUACCAAUGAUAGACUGUCGUGGUCAAGGUUAUGACAACGGUAGCAACAUGAGCGGUCAAUAUAAAGGAGCACAAGCAGAGAUAAUUAAAGAGAACCAAUUGGCAAUUUAUUCUUCAUGUGCUUGUCAUAGCUUAAAUCUGUGUGGUGUCCAUGCCGCAGAGUGCUGUGCAGAGGUUAUAAACUUUUUCUGUGUUGUGCAAAAGACUUAUAACUUGUUCAGCUCUAGACCGCAAAGAUGGCAAAUUUUUAAAGAAAAUAUUGGAUGCUCUUUGCAUAGCAUGUCAGAUACACGUUGGUCAGCCAGGGUUGAAAGUGUAAAACCUUUCGCAGAACAUAUUCCUGGUUUAAAGAGUGCUAUUCAAGACAUAAAGAAGCUAAAUCUUACUGCCGAGACUCGAUCAGAUAUCAAACACUGUGUCAUUGGUAAUAUGAAUCGGCGUUUUGAGGCAGCCAAAGAUCUUGAGGAAAAAUUUGGUGUUGUAUGGAAAUACAUGACAUUAGAUAAAGAUUUGCUGCGUGAGAAAGCUUCAUCUAUUUGCGUUAAAUACAGCAUUGAUGUUUUUAUCGAUUUAAUAGACUAG